AAUAAACGUCCGAGUUUUUUUUUUUUGUAGCGGCGAAGCUACGAGCGGAGAGACCCUAACGUUGGAACCGGGACGUUCGCCCCCUCUCGCCCUCUCCGGCGCGGAGCGCGACCGUUCCCCAUCGCGAGCUCCGUCCCCAUCAUCAAUCCCUCCGCCGCCGCGUAGAGGAAUCCAAACGGAGCUCCGAUCCCGUUCUCUGUUGCGCUGGCCAUUAUUUUGGUACCUUAUGCUUCAUCAAACCUGCUAAAAAUUUGUCAAGUUAAUCCACCGCUGUCCUCAGAAUUCAGCACCGGAUUGGCCUUGUAAAGUACUUAAUGAGGAAGGAACAUGGUGCUUUCCUAAAACUUUCCUAGCAGGUUGAAUGGCUCAAUCAGCUGGCAACCCGGUUUUGGCUGACAAAAUCAAUAAUGGAGAUAAUGCCGAGGUUGUAAAUCUAGAUGAUUGUGAUGAGAAGCUCGAAGUUGGUAUAAAGGUGGGUUCAGAAGAUGAAGCAUAUGAUCUCUACAACCUACAUGCUUUACGAAAGGGCUUUAGCAUUAGAAAAGGGAAUAGGCGGUUUAUUGAUGGGGCUCUCCGACAACGAGAAUAUGUUUGCUCAAAAGCCGGGUUUCGUGAAUAUGAGCGAUGCAACCCUAAAAAAGUUAAUCGUUUAGAAACUAGAACUGGUUGCACAGCUCGAAUCCGGUUCACUAUAACUGAUGGUACUUGGGAAGUCACUUAUUUUAAUGAUGUGCACAAUCACGAGUUCGCGAGCCAAGAGAAGAGGCAUAGGUUAAGAUCCGGUAGGAGAGUACUAGUUGCCCAUACAAGAUCGACUCCGCAUUCAGACAAGCAAUUUGGUGAUGCAAAAAAUGUUGUGAAAAAAGAUUCGCCCAGUUACUUGCACAGUGUGAAUAAAGUGGCAAUUGAACCUGGGGAUGGACAAGGUAUUAUCAAUCAUUUUAGUCGUAGGCAAGUAGAGGACCCCCUCUUUUUCUUUUCGGUUCAAGUCGACCAAGAAAACAGAAUGACAAACUUCUUUUGGAGAGACGGAAGAUCAAAGCUAGAUUACGAUAUGUUUGGGGAUGUUGUGAUUUUCGAUACUACAUAUAGAACUAACAAGUACAAUUUGAUCUGUGCUCCAUUUCUCGGUAUCAAUCAUCAUUGGAAGAAUAUAUUAUUUGGUUGUGCUUUACUAUUGGAUGAGACCACAGAGUCAUAUAUUUGGUUAUUUCGGACAUUUUUAGAUUCUAUGGGAGGCCAGCAACCGAAAAUUAUCUUUACCGAGCAAGAUCAGGCAAUGGAAAAUGCCAUUGAGAUUGUGUUUUCCGAGUCACGUCAUCGACUAUGCUUCUGGCAUAUUCCUAAUAACUCUAAGAAACAUCUUGCUGAGAUUUACAGCAAUCCAAGUUUCGGUGCAAAAUUCAGUCAGUGCCUUAAUGGAUGUUUGGAUGAAAUGGAAUUCCAAUCAACCUGGGAAGACAUGAUCAAGACAUUCAAUCUUGAGGACAAUGUGUGGCUUAAUCGACUUUACGAGACUCGAGCAAAAUGGUGUACUGCUUUUGAAGUAGAUAUUUUUUCGGCUAAAAUGAAAACAACCCUAAGAAGUGAGAGUAUGUAUAGUGUUUUCCGUCAACUUUUAGGCGCAUCAUUAUCUCUCAUUCAAGUUAUCGAACAUUAUGAGAGAAAGGCAGAAGAUAUGCGUAAAGGGGAGCGGGAUGAUGAUCUAAAUUGCAAGAACAGCGCCUUUUCAAAUGUUGUUCCUCAUGGCGGAAUUCUUCAACAUGCAGCUAAUGUCUACACGACCAGGCUAUUUGAAAUGUUUAGAGAGGAGUUUCUUGAAGGUUUAGAGAUGAGUUACAUUGAGGGCAAUGGCGAAGGAGUAGCCACCUACGAGCUUUAUAAGCAUGGUGAGAAAAAGGUGUUCACCGUGAAAUUUGAUAAAUCUGAUUAUACCAUCUCUUGUAGUUGUAAGUUGUUUGAGACUUUGGGAUUGUUAUGUUGCCAUGCUUUGAGGGUGUUUCUUGUGAAUAAUGUUAAUGAGAUACCGGCUCAGUAUAUAUUGCGUAGAUGGACUAACAAUGCGAGAAAAGAGGCUAUAUGUUAUCCUACUGAAUCAUCGAACUACGCUAGCAAGUCAUCUCACGCUUCUCGGCUUAGUGAUUUGUUCCAUUUUGGGCGUUUUGUUUUCGAGAAAGGAUCAUCGACAGCCAGAGCAGCUAAAAUUGUUAAAGAGAAGUUGAUGGAGGCAUUGGAAUUAAUCGAAAAUGAUUUAGGGAACUUAAACAUGGUCGAAGGUGUUAAUGGGAAAUCGAUUCAAAGCAAUAUAGCCAGCGUUGACAAUGAGAUGCAAUGGUCUGAUGAGAAUAUGCAAGUAUUCGAUCCCACACGUGGGAGAAAGAAAAAUCAAUUGGAAAAGAAGAGUAAAAAGAAGGUGAAAGGCUCUGCUGAUACUCAAAUGCUGCAACCGCGAUGCAACCCAAUGCUCCAUUCUUGCUCGAGUCAAAUGUCGCAACCUGCCACCAUUCAAAUGCCUCAACCUGGUCUUAUUCAAAUGUCACGUCCUGGCAUUUUUCAGGCGACACAGCUGGGAUUUCCUCAAGUUCCACCCCCUCCCUUUCGGAUGCUAUGAUCGACUAUCUUCUUUUGAUACUGGUGCCGAGCUUCAGGACUCGAUUUUGUUUUGAUUAUAGCCACGGUGAUGCUUUUAUUAAAUGGCAUUAAUCUCCUACCAGGUGCCGAGCUUCACGAAAAGAUUUUGAUCGAGGGCAACUCUGGUGAGAUGUAUAAAGAUUUUGUUUGGCUUGGUGUAUAUAUCCGAGAACACGAUAGAAGGACCUUAAAUGCACUAAUUUUUUGUUUUAGCCUGUAAUAGAAGCUAAUUUCUUGUUGUCUCAUUUGGUUCUAUGUUAGUAACAGGUAAGAGCUCGCGUCGACACUAUAAAUCUGAUCAAUAGAAACAUAGUGCAGGUCGAGGUAAUUUAGAAAGUUGUAAUGUUGCUACACUUGCCUCAUUUAUGGAAAUUCAGCAUACAUAUUGCUUAAUUUUGACAUAUUUUAA